AUGGGAAAGCACCCUGAUAAUGUUAUUGAAGAAGAAGAAGAAUUAGAAGAAGCAGAAUUUAUCGUCGAAAAAAUUCUUGAUCGAAAACUUAUGAAUAAUAAUGAAGUUUAUUAUUUUUUAAAGUGGAAAGGUUUCGACGAUUCUGAAAAUACAUGGGAACCCGAAGUGAACCUUGAUUGUCCAGAAUUAAUUGCUGAAUUUAAUAAACGAGCGAAUGUUCAAUCGAAAAAGCCUUCAAAUGAAUCAACAAUUGAAAAUAAUGUAACAAAUAAUAAUAAUUCAACUAAACGAUCAGCACGAGAUAGUACUGAGCAGCACCAGCAGCGCCAUGAUGCUUCAGGUGCAGCGAAAAAAAGUAAACGCGAAAAUGAUUUUGGUUAUGGACGAGGGCUUGAAAUCGAAAAAAUUCUUGGAGCAACUGAUGUCUACGGUGAACUAAUGUUUUUAAUCAAAUGGCAAUCAACCGAUAAGCCAGAAUUAGUCCCAGCUAGAAUUGCUAAUGUUAAAAGCCCACAACAUGUCAUUCGUUUCUAUGAAGACCGUUUAACAUGGGCUACUACAGAUGAAAAUACAUCCAUUCAUGAAGAAAAGCAGUAG